AUGUCAUCUGGUCUACCUCCUUCAGAAGAUGUCGAGCACGAAAGCAAACUGACCAAGAAAUCCAGUCAGGAUCUCGUAGAGACUGAGGACCCAGUAGAUGAACUUGGUGAAGCAAGCUCACAGGGUACCGAAGUCCAAGUCGAUAACACCGGAGAAGAAAAAUCAAAUGAUGACUCGGAUGCGCAACCAGAAGUAAAAGAUCACGAAGAAGCGAUUGUCGAUCCUUCUAGUCUUCUGGAUAAUGAGACCGAUCCCGACUUGAUCCUGGCAAGUUCUCAGACAAGCAAGAGCGAUGAAGUCACUUCAGACAUGUCACACAACCUAUCUGAGGAUCGUCAAGUCGAUGACUCAGUCAAUCAAGAUCAAGCCUCAUCACUUCUUCAGGACGGCUUGCCAGAUUCGACCGCCUCACAACCAACGCCAGUAGAAAGUCCUAACAAUAUGACUCAAAGCGCCUUCUCUAGCAUCUCGACACUUGACAACGAAGUACUGGAAGGUUCCGAAUCCGUUCAUUCAGAUACAUCCACAGAUCUACCUGAUUUAACAAAAUCAGAAUUGACUCGUGCACUAGCAGCCUUUGGUUACGGCAAAGACGGAAAGACAGGCGAACAACUCACAGCGUUGAAGCACCUACCCCAAAUCCUUUCAAACUUUCAAAACUCUAGAGAUACCGUGUACCUGAGCGAUGCAGCCCUCAGCGAGAUUGAGCAAUACGCUUCCAUGAACCCUGAGGCAAUGAUCGGCGAUGAAUUUGUAAUGCCGCUCUUAGUUGCCACCAAAAAAAGCAAUCGAAAUCAUCAUCCUCAAGCUUCUACUUCCCAUGCUAAGCAAGAUGAAAGCUCGGGCGGCAGUGAAGACGAAAGAGUCGAACAGGUCCCUCAAAGGUCCAGCCCACGCAUCCGCACAGCUGACUCUCCCCCUAGUAGUGAUGGUGAACGUGCCGCCGAAUACUUUGGCUCUUAUUCACCUUCCCACUCACCCACGACAUCGUCAUUUAUGUUUCCAAAUGACAGAUCUACAGGUCCACUUUCGCGCACCCAUCUGCGGAACGAUUCGAGAAACAUGGCAAUGGAAGGCGAAAAUUCAUUCGAUAGCAUCAACGAAACAACUCUUCACGCUUCUGAAAUCAAGGAAGAUCAUGACCGUUCACCCAGUUCAGAAGGCACCGCCUUUCAGUCCUCAAACGUAGAUCCCUCUUCACCAAAGGCUUUCAAAUCUGCGGCCGCUUUCCGUCUCGAGCAUACCAAAGGCAGCUCUUCUCCUCUUCCUAAUGAGGCAUGGCGUGGACGACCUGUUCCUCCGAGUCGAAGACGGAAAGGGCCCGGCGGGGAUAACCGUCGGGGUUCGGCUGUAUUUUUAGGUGAUACACCACAGAACAAUGAUGAUCUCGAUGAGUCCUCCCUGAAUCAGGAGAUCGAUACCACCUCCUAUAAUCCACAUUUGAUGUCCCCCACUCUAACAGCUAGUUCCCCCUCACCUCCACGUCUCAAUGCCAACAACAUCUCGAAUGUCAUAUUUCAAAACCGUCAGAAAGGGCUAUACAAUGACAGAGACUCGAAUGAUUUUCUUGAUGCUGAUGACGAUCAAAAUGCAGCUCGAACAAAUUUGAUGAGGCGACUCAGACCUGACUCGCGUGUAUACACCAGAGUGUUCGAUUCGGAUGUUGAUGGCUAUACUACUUCGGGGGGUCAUGAUUUUGAUAGUAUGCGGGAAGAUUAUCCGAAGUUAAUACGAGAAUGUCAUGAUUUGAGAAGCAAGGUUAAGGAGUUGGAGGGCAAGAUGUCAGAGAUGGAAAAGAUUCACGAAAAUGAAUUGUUAGAGUUGAUGAAUAAGAUGGAUGAAAUACAAGAAGAUUUGACAGCACGGAAGAAGGGAGAGAAGGAAUUAAGGGCUUUAGAAAGUAAACAUCGAUUGCAACUCUCUGCUGCUGAUGAAGAAGUAAGCAAGCUAGUCAAAGAACUAGAGAACAAUCAAGCCAAUUAUCAAAAGAUUAAGCUAAAGUAUGAGGAAUGCCUCAGUGAACUUGAUAAACAACGAUCACAACUUCGGUCAAGAGAUGAAGAAAUGAGAUAUGCUACUCAAUCAAUCCAAAACUUUGAAAGUGAUCACCGGAAAUGGGAUCUAGAGCGCAAGUUCAUGGAGGAACGUAUUCAAAAGAUGAUCCUGGAGCGAAAUGCGAUGCAACAUGCGACUACAAUACUCGAAGAACAGAAACAGGCCAACAUCGAACUGAAGUCGACGAUUGACCGCCUCAAGCAUGAACUCGAUGAACAAAGGACGAUCAAUUCUAGCUCUAGCGUUUUGGGUAGUAGACCCAAUAGUCUCGCGGGUACUGUGGGCCAGAGCUUUGGUGAUGAGUUGAAGAAGGCGAUGGAGAGCGGCGAGUAUGAUCAAGACGACGAGGGAAGUGAUACAACAGAAGAUGGGCGAGAUAUCAUGAAGAUCGUGGACGGUCUGUCGGACAAUGGUCGAGAGAGUGGCGACGAAGUGUAUGAAGAGAUUCGGAUUAAGAGAAUCAAACGACGGACUCUUAAACCAUCAGAUGCAACACCGGGCGGAUCCAAUGACGAGUCGCAGACAUUGACAUUUGAAGAAGAAGUCGAGCUCGCAGAUGCCAAUGUAGACACCAGCGACCUAAUUAGCUCCAAUUCGAUACAGACACAAACAGAUCCUAUUCCUGAACCUCCACCUGUUUAUCGACCCAAGAUGGAAGAAAUGCAGAUUCAGACGGAAAGUAACUUGGAAGAGACUUCCGAGCCUGAAAUUACAGACGAGACUUCCAAAGAAGCCAUUGAAAAAAUACUCGCUCGUACUGAUUCAGCAGAUCUCAGAGAUAUCUUUGCCAAUUUACAACAGAGUGGCGCUCUGGACUUUUUAAGUCCAAGUGCAACAGUCAUUCAUAGCGAUUCUCCAUCUGAAUCAAGUGGGACACCGCUUUUGCCCUUAAGUAAUAGUCCUAAAACGGGUUACUUUCAAAGAUUUCGAUUCGGUUCCUCUGGUACCUCAUUCCCCAACUCAAUUGUUAAUAUCAUUGCUCCUAAUAUCUCAUCAACUCAAGCUACCAAACCUGAAUUCAACUUGAUGAACCUUGAUUUCAAGAUGUAUAGUACAGCUUUUGGAGUGUUUCUCUCAGGGUGGUUAUUAGGAAAUGUAUUCUUUCCAUCAUUUUCGACACCUCAAGAUGUAAUUAUCCAUAUUUUUCAAGGUUCUGAAUCAGGAGUCGGAAACAAUCUUUGGCUUAAAUAUAAUAUGAUGGCUGGUGGUAGAGAAGGGUGGAUUGUUACUCAAGCUAAUUCACAAUUUGGAAUGAUUCAACGAUUUGUUUCUUUUGGAUUAAAACUUGCGUGGGAUAGUAUUCAGGUUUCCAAAAGGAUUCCAACUUGA